AUGGCCACCAACCACGAGGAUGCCGCUGUCGAGCUCCACGAAGAGUUCUCUGAGCGCGUCCCCAACAAACACCACGAUGUCGCCGGCGGCUUCAUCCAAGAACCGGACGACGCAGCCUCCCUCUCCGCCGAAAAGGCGGACCUCGAGACCGGCCACCCGACGGCCGACGGCGGGGAGCCCAGCGCCCACGAGCGCGCCACGCUGCGCCGCGUCGGCGAGAGCCUGCCGGCGUCGGCCUUUCUUAUCGCCUUUGUCGAGCUGACGGAGCGCUUCACGUACUACGGCGCGCAGGGCCUGUUCCAAAACUACAUCUCGCACGACAAGCACGGGGCCGACGGCGCGCCAGGGCUCGGCAUGGGCCACCAGGCCGCGACCGGCCUCAACCUCUUCUUCCAGUGGUUCUGCUACGUCACACCCAUCCUCGGCGCCAUCGUGUCGGACCAGUACCUCGGCAAGUACAAGACGAUCCUCAUCUUCUGCGCCGUCUACUGGGUCGGCCUCGUCUUCCUCUGGGUUACGUCGCUGCCGUCGGUCCGCGACGUCGCCGGCCUGCCCGGCUACAUUGUCGCCAUCAUCAUCAUCGGCUUCGGCACCGGCGGCAUCAAGUCCAACAUUGCGCCCCUCAUCGCCGAUCAGUACCAGCGCCGCCGCAUGGCCCUCCGCACCGAGCCUACCGGCGAGCGCGUCAUCAUCGACCCGGCCAUCACGUAUCAGCGCAUCUACAUGAUCUUUUACUGGUGUAUCAACAUUGGCGCCCUCUCCCUCAUGGCCACGCCCUUUAUGGAGCUCUACAAGGGCUUCUGGACCGCCUUCCUCAUGUGCUUCUGCAUGUUCAACCUCGGCAUCUUCGUUCUCGUCAUCCGCCGCAAGUCGUAUAUUAUCCGCCCACCUCAGGGCUCCAUCAUCACCGACGCCCUCAAGGCCGUCGGCAUGAUGAUUGUCGGCCGCAGCACCGAUGCCCCCAAGAACGCCUGGCGCAUCGCCCACGGCAAGAGCUCCGUCCCGUGGGACGACCACUUUGUCGACGAGCUCAAGCGCGCGCUCCGUGCCUGCAAGGUCUUCCUCUUCUACCCCAUCUUCUGGGUCUGCUAUGGACAGUUCUCCUCCAACUUUGUCACCCAAGCCGAGCAGAUGCAGGGUCACGGUAUGCCCAACGACUUUAUGCAAAACUUUGACUCGCUCUCGAUUCUCGUCUUCACACCCAUCCUGGAUCGCGUCCUCUACCCCGUUCUCCGCAAGUGUGGCAUCGAGCUGCGCCCCAUUGCUCGUAUCACCAUUGGUUUCUGGCUCGCCGCUCUCUGUCUGGCUUAUGCUGCCAUUGUCCAGCACCUCAUCUACAGCGCUGGCCCCUGCUAUAGCUUCCCCCGUGACCCCGACAACUGCGCCGCCGCAGUCGGCCCCGAUGGCAAGAUUGUCUCCAACAACGUCCACAUUGCCGUCCAGACACCCGCCUACGUCUUCAUCGGCCUUGCCGAAAUCUUCAUCUCCGUCACUGGUCUCGAGUACGCUUACACCAAGGCUCCUCCCACUAUGAAGUCGUUUGUCCAGAGUAUCUACCUCUUCACCAACGCUUUCGGCUCUGCCAUCUCCGAGGGUCUUGUCCCUGUUUCCAAGAACCCCAAGUUCGUUUGGAUGUACACGGGCGUCUCCGUCUCGUCUGCCGUUGCUGGCUGCGUCUGCUACGCCCUGUUCCGCCACUACGAUGCCCAGGAAGAGGACAUGUACGACCUCGACCGUGAUGAGCCCGAGCUGGAGAUUGGCAACGAGGCUCAAGCUCUCCAAGCCGCCAAGGAGAAGCGCGCAGACGGGCAGUGA